AUGAGCAACUCUUACUACGCUACCCGUCAAAACAACAGCCUGGCGCCCAUGCAGAAUGGCUGUCCCGAACAUUUGGGCGACCAUGAUGUUUUAGUUCUACGCCCAAUGCCUGACAACUUUCGACAAUCUCUUAUCUAUUACAGCGAUGUACAACGGUUGCGCUCGAUGCCGGAUAACUUUCGAACACCAACGACCAAUCCUAUGAAUAAACGUCUUGCACGAAGAGGAAGAACCAGCCGAGACAGCGAAGCACAAAAUGCAUCGAAGUCAAACUUGAAAAACUUGUCCAACCAGCAUGAGAAUUUACAAUUUGGGACUGAUCGAGCCUGCCAUCUGGAAGAUGUCAAAGUUGUUCCGGAGAAUGAUGAAGACAUCUGCAGCCUAGAUCACGAGAAUUAG